AUGAAGCCAUUUGUCGCUCUCGUCGCGGCGAGCAUCCUGGGCGCGAAUUACGGACAGGCCGUCCGUAUUGCGCAGGCUUCUCAGGAGAGCUGGGCCGACCUCACUGUGCGCAACCUCAACAAAGCCCUCCGCGCAGAGAACUACAGCGUCGUUCUCGUCGGUCCAACCAAACACUGCACCAAGAGCGGCGCAACCGACAGGAACCCUACUCGCCUCCGGAGAGCCUGCCAGUUCGGCUCGUGCCCGAGCAGGACCCGUGCGAGACACGGCUACAACGAGAGCGACAAGUCUCUCCACUGGCUCAACGCGCACCCCCAGACGUGCAUGCGGUACGCCAUCGACAAGCUCGGCCCCUGCUACAGGGAAUGGCACGGGCGCAGGGCACAGCUCGCCGUCGUCGGGCCCAGCGGCUCUCUCACCGCACCGCUCGAGUACAUGUGGGAUUCAUGGAGCUCGACGGCCUGGGCCGCCGCGUGGGCCGCUCGAUGGGGCGGCGUGCCUGCCAUCGCCUUUGGGUCGCCGCAGGACAAGCGGUCCUUUGCUUGGAACGCGACGCAUACGCUGCCAUAUACGGAUAUCUAUCCUAAGCUGGCGGCGAAGCUGGUCAAGGCCGUCAUCUACUCCGGGAAGCCGUACCUGCCCGAGGGCGUCUUCCUAAACGUCAACUUCCCGCCCACCACGGGCGGAUGCGACGACCCGGAAAAGUUCAAGUUCGUUCUCACACGCCGCCCGGUCUACCACGACCUCAUGGGUCCACGGAUCGAUCACUGCGGCCGGGACAGACUGCCUCGCGAUUACAUCGCCCUUCGGCGAGAGAACAGGUGUUAUGUCUCUGUUACCGCCACCGAUUCAUGGUAUAUGGAGACACAUCGCUAUGCGUCAGUGCACAGGACGCUGAUCGACAAGCUUGCGGGCUUCUGGCACUGCCUAGAAGAAAAUGACGACAGUGAUGCAGAUGGUCGUUGGAGGGGUCCGAAGGAUCAAGACACCUAG